AUGUCCCAGGACCGCAGGUCCAGCCGGCCUUCCUCGCCAGGCUUCCCACGGCCCUCCCGGGUUACCCGGGUUACCCGGGAACGAGUCGCUCCCGGGUGUUGGUAUUCAUUGGCAAAUCCUCGCGCUCGCUUCGCGGGACGCCUCUUUCCAGGGGCCUCGCAGUGCCCCAGGACUUGGUGGGCCAGGCUACUGCCGGUCUGGAACUCCGAAGGAAACGCCGCCCACGUCCAGAGAAAUCUCUCCCCCACCCCCACUCGUGGCCCAGUCCGGCCCGUGACUACAUCCUUUAGUCUUUGCGGGUUCCAGCUCAUUUUACAGAUGAGGAAACUGAGGCCAACAGGGGCCAAGGGGCUUGUUCAGGGUCACGCGGUUAGGAAGCGAGGGAGGCCGUAUCGGAACUCGGACCUUCCUGCCGUCAGACCCGGGACUCGGUCCAGUGCACCGCCAGCCCCCCUCCCCCCCCCAAAGCAGUUGAGAUCGAAUCUGGGGAACCUCCGAAGUUACUUCCCUUGGGGCUCUGGGGGGGGGGGGCGGCCGCAGUGGGGCGGAGGAGGCACUCGUAGGCGGGGGACGCCUCGGGGCGAGGCUCUGUUUGAGAAAAAGAACAAACGUUCCAUUUUCGAGAUGGACAUUCCAUCGGAGGGAGCUCCGCCCUUCCCUGUGCCUCCCCCGGCCGGGGAAGCGGUGACCGGGCCUCCGCCUCAGCGCGCUGGGAAACGGCCAAUGAGUACAACACUGAGAGAACGGUUAAAGAAAACAAGAAGUUCAUUUCAUUCCUGUCACACUGUAACAAAACGUCUUAAAGUAGGUGCUGAAAAUAACUCUGCUACUUUAAAGGAAGCAACAUCUUCCAGUGGUGAAAACUGUUCUGGAUCUCCAGAAAGCUGUAAAAACAUAGAAAAAGCAGCUGAAGAAAAUCUGUCUUUGAAAGACGGCUUAAUGGAUGUUGAUAUUUAUAGAGACAAAUCCCUUGUCAAAAGUACUCUGCCAGAUAAUCUCUCCCAGGUAGUGUCAGAAGGCUAUAACAUUGGUAAGCAAGAAUUGCUUGAAGAAAAGAUGAAAUUGUUGAAGCAAGUUCAAGAGAAAGAAGAGCUUCUUCAAAGGCUAAAAUUGACCAAAAUGUAUAGAUCAAAGAAUAAUCUUUCACAGUUACAAUCAUUGAUAAAAAAGUGGAGAAAUAGUAGCCAGCUGUUACUUUUUGAGCUGCAAUCAACAUUGUCUAUGGAGAACAAGAAACUAAGCCUUACUCAGUUGAUAGACAGUUAUGGAUUAGAAGACCAGUUAUUACAUUAUAACAGAAUCGAAGAAGAAUUUACAGAUUUUUAAUUAUUAAAAUAUUUUCAGAAAUCUGCCUUUAUUCUUCUCAAUCAACUCAAAGAUAUUUCUGAAUGCUAACAAAAACAUAGUCUAAAGAAAGCAUAAAAAUUAUGGUUUAUAUGAUUUGACAAGACUACUGUUGAUAAAAGUUAUACCAUAUAAGUUCUGUGAAAAGAAUUUGAGUUAAAAAAAUGAAAAUGAAAGUAUACUUCUAAAACAAUUUCUAUUAUUUGUCAAUUGAUAUUUAACAAGUUUUAAAAAUUAUUUUAAUAUUACAAAAAAUGUCUAAAGCCAAACUGAACCUCCAAAUCCCUGUUUCUGUUCCAUUUUAUUCCUUAAACAUUUUUGGACUUUCAUUUUGAGUAAUAUUUUUAUAUGUAGUGUGUCCCCAGAGUUUGUCUUUUGAAGCCAGUUUCUCUUUUACACAUGCUCACUGUCACUAUUCUAACUUUAAGCUCUCAUUUCUAAGUUGGACUACAUAAAUAAAAGCACAGCUAUGAGUAUGUCACUCUCCUCUGAAACUAACUGGUUUCUCAAUACCUGCUGAAUAAAGUCUUAAAUUUGGCAUUCUA